UUCCGAGAACCAGACAGAUCAUCGAGUGCGAUAGACCCUGGCAGUCUACUGAAGAAGUCUUACUUGGUGACCAUAUCUAUCGUCUCCAAGAUCAAAAUGGCAAGUAAAAUGGCAAGUGACGAGUUUGACGAAGAAUUCCUGACGUGUCAAGUCUGUAUGCUACACUUCCGGGACCCCAAAAUCCUGCCAUGUCUGCACACAUUUUGUAAGGAGUGUCUCGAAGAAUGGGCGACGAAACAACAGCCGCUGGAGUGUCCAAUCUGCCGCCUACCGGUCAGUCUACCUGACCAAGGUGUGGACGGACUCAAGACCAACUUCUACGUCAACAACCUGUUGGAUUUCGUGGCGGCGAAGAAAGGGGCGGAGCCAGGUGUGCCGUGCCAGGUGUGCGAGGGGAAUGUGGAGGGGUCAAAGUCUUGGUGUACAGAUUGUGCUGUGUUACUGUGUGAAUCUUGUACUGUCAUGCACCGCAAGAUUCCGGGUACGAGAGACCAUGAACUGGUGCCACAAGACGUUAUGACGGCAAAAGAGGGCGUGGAUAAAUUUAAUCGCAAACGGCACUGCGACAAGCACAAGAACCAAGAACUUGUGUUCUACUGUGAGAGCUGCCAGGCGUUGGUUUGCACAGGGUGUACCGUAAUCGACCACCGGCCGGGCAAAGAUCACAAUCCAGUAGAAAUCGCCACCGUCGCUCAGAAGAAGAGAGAAAAAUUACAAGAACUUUUGCGAGAGAUAGAUCCACGUCAGAAAGAAAUACAGGCCUCUAUCGAGGAAGUUGACAAGAACAUGUCAAAUCUAAACCCUUCAAAAGAGGCAGCCACAACUCAAGCUAAAGCAUAUUUCCGCCAACUUGCUGACCUUCUGGAAAAACGUGAACAGGAGAUUUUGAGCAAGAUUGACGAGGAGUGCCGCGCCGACGGCAAGGCUCUACAGACAAAGAAGGAAGCGAUAGAGUUCGAGUUGGCCGGGCUGACGAGCGCACAAACGUUUUGCCAACAAACUGUAGAACAUGGAAGUUACGUGCACGUUCUGGAGGUGGGAAACCAGGUCCAAACAAGGAUAGAAUCUCUGCUGGCAAAAGAAGUAAACCUGGAGUCCAACUGGAGCGAGUUUCAGUUCAUAGAGAACACGGCUGUAGAGGACUUUGCGAAUGAAGUUGAAAACCUCGGUGGUUUAGGUUCAGACAUCGACGUUUCGAAAGGCCAAGUUGUUGUAAGGCCGGCAGUCGAGGGGUUUCAGUGUGUCGCUGUACUGAAGACAAUGGACAAAAAGGGACGUCCGUGUGUCGUAAACAGUAACGCUGUCACAGUGAACAUGAAGGACCCGUCUGGAACAAGCCUACCGACGACACUGCAGAAGAGCGGGCACGUGUUAGAAAUCUCGUACGUGCCCAAGGUCACGGGUAGUCACAGGUUAGAUGUCAAGGUUAACUCUCAACAGGUGGAAGGAAGUCCAUAUAAUAUUAAAGUUCAGAGUAGGGACACGCCUGUGUUAACUAUCGGACGGCAGGGUAGUGGGGUGGGGGAACUGAACGGGCCGGUAGGGGUCGCGGUUGAUAACGAAGACAACAUCGCUGUGGUGGAACAGGGGAACAAGCGGGUUCAGGUAUUCGAUGUAAACACAGGUCAGUCUUUGCGUACCUUCUCAGUUGGUGGUUAUUGGUCGUAUGGUAUUGAUGUGGACUCAAAUGGAAGAUUUUCAGUGACGUUGUGUGAUAACAAUGGGGUAUGUGUAGUCGGAUGUUACUCAAAGGAAGGCAAACUUCUGAACACAGUCAAGCCUGGCGGCACGAAAUCAUAUGAGCCACGUGGGAUAACCGUUCUGAAGGACGGCCGUAUGGUGGUUGUGGAUAACUCUCAGAGGUCCUGUCUCCUCCUGCAGCAUGACGGGAGCCUCAUCCGGGAGAUCGGCAAGGGGCAGUUACAGAAACCAACAUUCAUAGCAGUGGAAGAGUCACGUGGCAUGAUGUAUAUCACCGAUAUGACUGCUAACAAAGUGUUUGUGUUUGACCUUGAGGGGGAGUUCAAGUUCCGUUUUUAUGGGAAGGGUCAGGGUGAGGGACAGUUCUCAAGUCCGUCAGGUAUAACGUUAGACAAGUCAGGUAACGUCAUUGUAGUGAACCAUGGUGGCGGCCGUGUACAGGUGUUCAGGCCUGACGGGACGUUCAUACGGACUGUGGCCACAGUUCAGGGAAGGCAUCCUCUUGGAAUAACACUGACUCCUGACGGCUACAUAGCUGUAGCUUGUUUCACGGGACAGUGUAUAGAAAUGUACAGGUACUGCUGAUACACAACUGCUCAACUGCAUAGUUAACUUCAUGGACAUGAUAUGUUUGGAAUGUUGAAUGUUUUCAUUUGAUGCUAUUCCAUUUGUUGAUUCAUAAUACAUGUACAUGUAUGGAACGUCUUUAAAUUAGCGUUGUUGUACAUGGUAGCUCACUGUUCUAUAAAAAUGUACAAAUAUUGUUGAUGUGUCAUAAUCAGCUUCAUGGACAUGAAGAUGUUUUAAAACACUAGCUGUUGAGUGUAAUUUUUUAUUUGAUGCUUUUCCACUUGUUAAUUCGUAGUACAUUUAGAAUUUUGCCAACAAAGAAUAGAGGUACUUUGUUACUACAUGUACUUAUUGUAGUGACUAAAAAGGAGAAAAAAGUGAUACAGUCAAUCAUCCGUUUACAGCCAGUAAAAGGCAUAACGUCUAAUAUAAAGUAAAGUAAGAGGCCAAUGUCUGUCACCUCUGUCCCAUAC